GGGAGGCAAUAAUAGGACGGACGUGCAAAAUGGGAGACAUGUAGAAGUUAUAGAAACAGAAAUUUAUCAAAACGAGUCUUAACUGUUUUUGAGUUCGAUUAGCUAAAAUUGUUUGAUUUCUCUUUGAUAAAUCCUAGAAAAUUCAAAACCCAUCUCUAAAAACCUUCGAUCUUGAAAACCCAGAUCUCAAUGUUCCACAAUUUGAUAAAAUUUUUGCCUUUUGUUUUGAUCAAUCUCAUACCCCCUGUUUCUAAGCUUUGUUUUUGUCUCUCUAGCAACAGAACACCAUGUUGUUACUUGUUAGCCUCUGAGUUGCUCCUGAAUCAGGCCUUCUCCUUUGCCUCUUUGGAGGUUUCUGUUGUUUUAUCUCAUAAAUUUCUCUUGUGAUGUUUCUUAGUGGUUAGAUUUUCCUGUUUUUGGAUUUUGUUUCCAAUCAAAGUAUAUCUAAGCAAAUCACAAUCCCUCAAUUCCCUCCAAAUUUCUAGGAAUUUCUUCUGAUUCUGUUCUUCUUUUGAAAUUCUACCUACUCAGUCUCCCAAUUCCAUUUCUUUCUUUUUUUACCUUCUUCGGUCAUCAUCUCUGAUUCUUAAUCCCACUUUCUUUGUUCUCUCUGCUCCAAAAACCCUUCAAAUUCUCCGUAAAAUUCCACCAUGAAGAUCGCCAAAGACAGAGUCCGAUUCAACGUCGGAGGCAGAAUCUUCGAGACAACCUCCACGACCUUGGCAAAUGCCGGUAGAAACUCCUUUUUCGGAGCAUUUUUUGACGAUAAUUGGGCUUUAAAACAACCCAUCAAUGACCUCAAUCCCAACAGUGAAUUCUACAUCGAUCGAAACCCGGAUUGUUUCGGUAUCCUCCUCGAUCUUCUCCGCACCGGCGAUCUCCACAUCCCUCCCCACGUCCCGGAAAGACUCCUCCACCGAGAGGCGUCAUUUUACGGCCUCUUGGACCAUGUAAGAUCGGCCAAAUGGGGUCCAUUUGAUGCAAACAGACUUCGGUAUUCCCGGUCUGUCACUGGCCGGGCACCAGGGGAUGGCACGGCAAUUCGUGCAGGACCGGAUGGUGGGUGCUGUGUGGCUCAUGGAAGUAUGGUGCGUGUCUAUGAUUGGAUGAUGGAAGAGCAUCCACCAAUCAAUCUUGAUUACCAGAGAGUGAAUGAUAUUGCUUGGGUUGAUUCUGAGAAUGUGAUUCUCAGUGCCUGUGAGAGAUUAGGCCGCGGAGAUGGAGGAAUGGGGCUGUUCAGUAAGAGUACAGGGGAGCUGAGGUAUAAGUUUCAGGUCUGCCAUGAGAAUCGAGUGAAGAGCUAUACUGCUGGGGCUUUGAGCACUAGCUCUGAUUAUAGAAUUUUUAGUAGCUGUAAAGGGAGAAGCAAUGAGUAUGGAAUUGGAGUAUGGGAUCAAAUUACUGGUAAACAAAUUGAUUUCUUUUAUGAGAGUCCAGGUUGGUCAUUAGGUGAUGCUGAUAAAUUGCAGUGGUUAAAUGGGAGAAAUUGCUUGUUGGUGGCUACUUUGUUUCCUAGAAAGGACAACUGUUACAUUAGUUUGGUGGAUUUUAGAGAGAAGAGGAUGGUGUUUUGGUCUGAUAUUGGUGCUUCUAUGACUGUGGAUGAGAAAAGGGUUCGUGAUGCUAUUGCUAUGGAGGAUUGUAAUGCUAUUUGUGUGGUGAAUGAGUAUGAGGAGUUAGGGUUUAUGGAUUUGAGAAUGAGUGGAGGAAGCGUGAGAUGGAGUUCGAGGAGUCGAUUGAUGAAGGGAAAGAUGCCUGAUGAGCCUUGUUAUCCAAAACUGGCAUUACAUGAAGGGCAGUUGUUUUCAUCAAUGGAUGAUAGCAUUUCUGUUUUUUGUGGUCCUGACUGGGUUUUGACAUCUAGGCUUAGACAGAGUUAUGGAGGUUCAAUUUGUGAUUUUUCAAUCGGUGGGGAUAGACUCUUUGCACUUCACAGUGAGGAAAAUGUCUUUGAUAUAUGGGAGACUCCACCUCCACCAAUUUUAUGAUUCAGAUUACAAGGUGUGCUGGGUUUUUCAGUUAAUGUUUCUUACAUUCUGAUGUAAAUAGGUAUUUGAAAAGAUUUGCGUGUACAUAUUUUGCCUUUUAACUACUAUAUAAUUUAGAGCAAUGAAUCUGCUUGGGGUUUGCCCAUCUUCAUAAAAAUGAGACUGAUUGCAUCAAACUAAUGUAAAGGGAAAUCUUGAAUUUAUAAGCAGAGAAUGCACAUGAUUUUUAAUUGGUAUUGCAGAAAUGGAACUUUGCUUAAUUACCCUA